AUGCUCCGGAUUUGGAUUCGUUUUGAAGUUAGUUUUAGUCAUCGAAGGCUUUGAUGGCGACUGCACUGUGCGGUCGGAACUUUUUGAGCGUUCGCAAUAAAAUGCACAGUGCAAAAUCUUUUAUUACACUGAAAUUUAUGCACUGUGCAAAUUUUUCUUUUUGUCCCACUUUGCGGCAAGAUUUUGGCUGCACUGUGCAGAAGAGAAAAAUCCCGAAUAAAUUUUUUGCACAGUGCAGCCUACAUUUUUCCACUGCACCGUGCAAAAUUUUUGGUUUUGUUCGCACAGUGCAUGAAAAAACAAAUUUGGGUUAUUAUCCAUUGAAAAUGAUUUUUAUCCCUUCGGAGACAUAAGAACGUCCUUAUGACUCAACUUUUCAUCCACUUUAUCCCCAUUCCUCCCAAAUUUUUUCUUCUCCUUGAGACGAAAGUUGUCAUUAACCAAAAAAAAAUCUUAUUAAAUAUCUCACACCCAAUUUUAUGACCUCGCUAUGCCCUUUUCAUUUCAUAACAGCCAAGAUGCGGACCCUUUUGUUUACUUUCAAAGUUCACCUUAAUUUCGGAGUCCAGAAAUCCCGUCAUUUUCGACUUUUGCCAAUCCAAGGAUUCGAGAACUUUCUUUCUUAUAAGUCCCGUGUUUGGAAUUUGUUUACUGCAAACGAUCUCUCACUGUCCUGUUUUCCAAGUUUUUCUUUAGGGCUUAUAAGUGAUUUCCAGAAAAUACGUCAUCAUGACGAGCUUUAGAUCUUCGAAUUUUGAGAACUUUUAAAUUCCUGCUUGCAGUACUACUCAUAAAGUGUGUAGCAGAAAUUUUUACCGCCAAAUUAGACGUUUUCCUCAACAGCAGCCGGAUAGAUUCAAAAUUUACGUCUAAAUCCAUAAAACGUUAAAUCUUAUGCACUUGCGUAAUUUCUCGUCUUUCUGCCUAACAUAACGGCUUCGUGGAAACUGGACAGAGUGAAAUUGGACAGAGUGAAAUUGGACAGAAAUAAUUUGGACAGAGCGUGGAAAUUGGACAGAGUGAAAUUGGACAGAGUGAAACUCGACAGAUUUUUUUCACUGCAAAAAAUAAUUAUUUGAUGGCUCAAUAUUGACAUUUCGUACGAUUGCAGCGAAAAUCUGUCCAAUUUCACUCUGUCCAAUUUCACUCUGUCCAAUUUCACCCUGUCCAAUUUCCACGCUCUGUCCAAAUUAUUUCUGUCCAAUUUCACUCUGUCGAAUUUCACUCUGUCCAAUUUCCACGAAGCCAACAUAACACUCCGUAGCGUUAUUUUGCUAACUUUACAAUCAUGCUCCGCUCCAAUUUUCUCACUAAUCCACUGGAUUUUUGGUAAUUUCCUCAUUUCUCCCCUUUCGGCCAUGUAUAAUAUAAAAUCGACCUCUGUUUUACCCGAAGACUUGUUAGUUGAUAAAAACACGUGGAUUGAAAAUUUUAAUCAAGACUUAUGAAAUCUGUUUCAGGCGUCUUCAGAAGCGGAUCUAGCUGAGAACUCGCUCCGAAGAUCGACCCGGGUGAGUGCCUUGCAGGCCCAGAAAAAGCUCAAACACAAGGACGGAAUGGUCGACUCACAGGUUGUAAGUGCCUUAAAAUUAUUGUUUGUGUCUUUUAGGAGGUGAAAAAAGUAUUUUGAUGGUUUUAUCAAUUUUUUGCGGUGUAUGUUCUACUAGAAAGGAAAGUGUUCAUGACCAUUUCUGAUAUAAAAAUUGUUUGUUUUGGAGAUUUUUUGUAUUGAACUUCUUGAAUAAGAUUUAUUUUGAAUCAAAAACUAAAGCCUUGUUUUUAAUUUAACUGGUACUUGUUUCAUAUCUGCUUUAUUCAUCUGUUACCUAAUAUCUUUUCAGGUCCAAAAUGGUGUUUCGCACACGGAUCCAUUGCCUGAUCUCCCCAUCAAAACUGCAGCCGCCGACGCUGAGACAAUAGAAUCACCAAAGAAGAAGAAACGGAAGCUUUCCGGCGGCGCAAACCUUGAUCAAUAUGAUUGCGCGUUUGGAAUAAAAGUAGAUGAAGAUGGUGAUGUUGUGGCUAUGACAGAAGACAGUGAACUUUCCUCGCUGAACGAAGAGGAACUAAAACAAGUUAGAGAAAAAUGGGAAGAAUAUAAGGUAUGCAUUUGUAUUAUUUUUUGGGAAUUUUAGACUUGGCAUCUAAAGUAAUAUAAUUAAUAUCGAAAUUUCAGUCCCAAUUGGAAGGAAUGAACGAUGAGAAGACGAGAGAGCGUGAAUUACAGACGAAAGAACUCGAAGCAGCUCUACGGAAUGAAGAGGCUCUACUUGCCAUGUUGAAAAAGACGAGACAAAAACAACUCGUUGCCAAGACAUUACAGGUCAGUUUUUUAGUGAUUUUCUUGUUUUUUUUUGGUGCAUAGGGUGUUCUACAGUUGAAGAAAGGCAUGAGCAGUAUUUGAAGCCCAAAAUCUCACAGAAACUUGUCAGCUUUUACAUGGAAAAUAUAUUUUUUUGCAGACUGACCCCAAGCUCAUGUCCAACAUCCCGCAAAACUCGACCGGUGCCGCCUACAAGCCCGCGAUGGCUGCCCCAAUCGCCGCCAAACUGAACGGCGUCGCCAAACCCACCCGACCCGCGAAGCCGCAGAAGAACGGCGUCCCAGUGAUCACUCCCAGCCAGCAGGCGGUCCUCCAAAAACUCCUCGAGUCCAAACAACUCCGACCCGAACACAUCCAACAACUCGCGACCAUGGCCGGCCCCCAGUUCAACGCAAUCAUUCAGCAACUCGCCGCCGGCCAACAAAAGCAACAGGAGCAGCAACGCGAGCGAGAAGCGGAGCUCGCCAAGAAGGCGGAGUUGGCCCGAAAAGAGCAGGAAAGGAAGAACGCCGCUGCCGCAGCGGCCGCCGCCGCACUCGAGGCCGAACGUCAAGCCAAGUUGAGCGAGCAAACCCAGCAACAGAAGAUUAACGCGGCACGAAACCAGCUCAGGCGGCAUCUGGAACAACAUCUACUGCAGCUGGCCCCGCCGAAGGCGCCUUCGAAUGAUAUGAGCUUUGUUCCCAACCCGUCUCAACCCGAUUUUUGCUACUUAUUGGGUCUGGAUUUGGUGGUUCAGAGGAACUUGAAGGACAAAACUGUAUUCAAGUAAGGAUUUUUGAGAUUUUUUUUUGAAAUUUAGGUAACUGAUGGAAAGAAAAAUAUAAAUAAGUAGUCGAAAGUUGAUGUAAAGAUAAAAGGGUUUUUUGUGGCAUUAAAAAGUAUCAAAAGUCCAGUGUAAUAUAAAUUAUCUUCUUAAAACCGCUAGAUUAUCCUUUUCAUUUUCAGAAAAGUGGAAUUUGAGCCCUACGUGUGUGAAGAAUGCGGAACCGACUUUACUCCCAAUUGGAAGGCGAUAGCCGGCGACAAAGGAGAUCUUCAUGUGUAUUGUGAACAGUGUGUGAAACAAGCACAGAAGAGGAAGGUCCGAAAUGAGAGAACAAGUCUCUACAAGAAGGUCUUCCAGAAAAUCGCGGAGCAAGAAAAGGUAAGGGUUUGUUUUUUUUUUGAUUCUGAAAAUUAGAUUUUAGAAAAUUUUGAGGGGCUAAGGUAGUACAGCCCCCCAGUCCAGUUUAGCCCCCCAUGACCCAGUACAACCCCCCUCGUCCAUUCUGAACCUCAAAAUUUAUUUCAAAGAAUUAAUCCAAGUUGUAUGGUCCAGAACAAGCCCCCUGCGUUUUAGAUGAAGCCCCCUACGUUUUAGAUCAAGCCCCCUAUGUUUGAGAUGAAGCCCCUUACGUUUUAGAUGAAGCCCCCUACGUUUUAGAAAUAGCCCCCUACGUUUAAGAUCAAACCCCCAACGUAGUAGAUCAAACCCCCACUUACAUGUUUUGUAUUAUUCUAAUUUGUUCAUUAUGUGGGGUGUGAAACGGGCAAAACAGUGGGGGUUUGAACUAGCUUUCGUGGGGGGCUCAACUACCGAAGCCCCAAUUUUGAAAAAAAAGUAAAUGGAUUCUAUGUGGAUUUUCCCCCGUAUUUGACGAUUUUUACAUUUUUUUACAUUAUUUUACCUUAUUUUAGGAGUUCGAACGUCAAGUGCAAGCCGGAAAGUUCAACGAAGCGUCGUCCUCGACCGCCACCUCCUCGCACUCGAACGGCAUCUCCACCCCGACCUCCAAGAACACCUCCAACUUCAACGCCGCCGCCCUCAGCGGUCUGAGUGGCGCCGCGAAAGCCCUGAACCAGUCGGCCGCAUCCCUGGCCGCCGCCGCUGGUUCGGGCGCCAGUCCCGCCUCUCUGGCCGCCAGAUCCUUCCAGAAUUCCCUCCGGAACACGAUGAACGGCUCCAAAGACCUAAAGAAACCGACCGCGACACCCACGACGUCUUCUUCGUCAUCGGCCAAUCGAAAACGACCGAACUCGUCGACCAACUCGCAGAUGCAACAGUUGAUGAAUGCCAUGAUCCAAAACCCACAAAUGGCCCAACAAAUGCAACAACUCAAUCAGCUGAGCAUGCUCAGGUCGAAUCCCAUGAUGCUGUCGGCAAUAAUGUCAAAUCCACAAAUGUUGGCGGUAAGAAUUUGGGAUUUUUUGAAAUUUGUGAGGGUUGAAGUGAGUUUAGGGUAGAAUAGGGAUUUUUAUGGAGUAUAAAGUGUUAUGUAAUGGACAGUCAAAAAAAUUUUUUUUUUUUUUUUGUAUUUUUUGAUUAUAAUACCUUUUAUUUUGCAGCAACUGAUGCAACGAAGCUCCAACUCAUCGAACACGAGCUCCUCUUCAUCGGCCACCCAACAACAACAAUUAAUGCAGCAGUUCCUCGCGGCCCAACUCCUGGCCGCCAACUCCUCCUCGUCCGGAUCUCAGUCCUCCAACACGACGUCCCAAUCCAACCCCCUGCAGCACCUGCUGAGCGGCAACCAACAGCAAAUGAUGCGACAACUGAGCGGCCAACAAAACUUUAUGCAAGCGCUGCAACAAAUGACGGCCGUGAACCGCAAGAAAUGA